AUGCCCAACCUCAUAAGCCACGUGGACGGCCAUUAUGAGGCUCUCGUUCCUCCACUGGAGUGCCUUGCCAGACAGGACGAGACUGUCAUCAGGAAUGCUGCGGUUGCUGGCCUCGUAAAAAUUGCUGAGAAGAGCGAGAGUAUAUGCCAACAAUACUGCUUCCCAGCACUAGUCAGGUUAGCAGCGGGUGAAUGGUUUACUGCAAGGGUUAGUGUGUGUAGUCUGGCUCCUGGCCUAUACUGUCACUGCUCUGAUCCGCAGAAGGCUGAGAUUAGACGGCUAUUCGCUGUCCUUGUCAAUGAUGAUACGCCUAUGGUACGGAGGGCCGCAGCACAACAGACUAGGUACUUAUUUCAAGUGGUUGACAAGGCAGCUAUCAUAGCAGAGCUAUUGGGAAUUCAUCGGGCACAGGCUACUGAUGAUGUACAAGAUUCUAUACG